AUGGCUAUUGGUGAUUAUCCCAAAGAAUACAACCCUGCGGUUCAUGGGCCUUACGACCCAGCCCGGUACUAUGGAAAGCCUGAUACUCCAUUUGGACAGGUGAAGCUCAGUGAAAUUGGAUCAUGGCUUGGACGUAGGAACAAGACACCUUCAGCAAUAGGAGGAGCUUUUAGCCGAGCUUGGUGGAGGUGGCAGCACAAGUAUAUGCAGCCCAAGAAAGUUGGAAUUGCUCCAUUCUUUCAACUGCUCGUUGGAUCAAUGACUUUCUUCUAUGUUAUCAACUAUGGCAAAAUUAAACACCACAGGAACUACAAGUACCAC